AUGUUGGGGGCCAUUGCCAAAAUGAAGCGUUAUCCCACCGUUAUUUCUCUUUGUUCUCAGGUGCAGUUGAAGGGUUUCACUCCGUCUUUAGCUUUUCUAGCUAUUUUGAUCAACUGUUACGGCCACGUGGGUCAGAUGAAUUGUGCUUUCUCCGUAUUGGGGAAGAUUUUUAAGAUGGGUUUUCAACCGAAUACUAUAACUUUAACUACACUAUUGAAGGGACUCUGUAUCAACAACAUGAUUGGGGAAGCAUUGGAUUUCCACGAUGAGGUAAUUGCAAAAGGAUAUUUUUUGGAUGAAGUUAGUUACGGCACAAUAAUCAAUGGAUUAUGUAAGGUGGGGAAAACCAGAUGUGCUGUCAAAUUACUCCAGAAGCUGCGUGGACUUGGAAUGAAGGCUGACGUAGUUAUGUACAGCACAGUCAUGGAUGGUCUUUGUAAAGAGGGAUUUGUGAGAGAGGCACUUGAUUUGUUCUCAGAAAUGAUUGACAAUGGAAUAUUUCCCGAUACUAUUGCAUACACCACUCUCGUGGAUGGAUUCUGCAAAAUCCAGCAAUGGGAAGAAGUUACUGAAUUGCUCAAUGAUAUGUUUCGAGGAGGUAUCAACAUGGAUCUGACCACCCUUACUACAUUCGUGGAUGCAUUUUGUAAAGAAGGAAGGAUCAUAGAAAGUCAAGUUAUGUUUGCCAAAAUCAUGAAGUAUGGUCAUAAGCCUAAUGUCAUUUCCUAUAACAGCUUAAUGAGUGGAUAUUUUAAGGUCAAUAAUGUAAAGGAAGCAAUUGAAGUAUUUAAUAAAAUGAUUAAAAGUGGUUUGAGGCCAAAUGUGUUGAGUUAUAACGUUUUGAUUGAUGGGUGUUGUAAGAAUAAAAGAUUGGAUGAGGCCAUGUAUCUCUUUAAGAAAAUGCGUUCAAGAAAUUUGGUUCCCAGCACAGCAAGUUAUAAUUGUCUGAUUGACGGCUUUUGCAAAGCAGGAAGAAUCUCAUUUGCUCGUGAUCGUCUUGUUGAGAUGCAUCACAGAGGUCAUCCUCCUAAAAUAAUCACUUAUAAUAUCUUGAUACAUGCAUUAUGUAAAAGGCAGGAUAUUGAUCGAGGAAUUGCAUUAUUUCAACAUAUUGUCGAAAAGAAUAUUCAACCUACGGUUCGCACUUACAAUAUUCUCAUGGAUGGUUUGUGCACUAGUGGAAGAUUAAAUAAGGCAAGAGAGAUUUUUCAAUAUCUUUUGAUGGAAGGUCGGCAUCUAGAUGCUCUGUCCUAUGCUAUUAUGAUCAAAGGACUUUGUAAAGAGGGUUUGUUUGACGAGGCAAAGGCCCUCCUUGAUAAAAAAAUGGAAGACAUCGACUGCAUCCUAGACACGCCAACUUUUACAGUUAUUAUUGGACAUCUUAUUGAUAAAAAUGAGGAUGAUGAGGCAGAGAAGCUUCUUCAUAAGAUGAUUUCUAAGGGUCGUUAA